AUGGAGAGAACAAAUGGCGCAGACGACCGUACCUUUCAGUUUAACAAUGAAUCAGUUAUAUAUCGUCCUCUGACAACUAAUGAGCAAGAAGCGGCUCUAACACAUUGGCGAAGUAACUUUCCAGCAACGAAACCAGAUUUCUUUGACCGUUACUAUUCUUGUGCUUCACCUACAUACGUAGAAGGAGAUACACUAGGUGCUUUUUAUGAGGGAUCAUUAGUUUCUACCGUACAUAUCUGUCGUUUGAAGCCCCAUCAAUGGAACGAUGAUACACUUCUCUGCGGUGGUAUUGCAAACGUUUCAACGGUAUCAGCUUAUCGCUGUCAUGGUUUGUCACGUCAUCUAUUAACAUUAGCAAUAGACAAAAUGACGAAAGAAGGGUUUCAUUAUUCACUAUUAGGUACAGACAAGUAUAGUCAUUAUGCAGCAUUAGGUUGGGAGCAAAUGCAUCUAACUUACACCAUUGUUGAACUAGAUCAAAAUUUACUCACAACUACAUCUAAUAUCAGCAAAUGGAUACCAUUUACAUCAAUGACGAACUUUCCUGACUUGUCAACACUUUAUGAGAAUAAUGUGCGUCCGUUGCAGUUUGAACGCUCGCCGUCUUAUUUUGAACAUUGGGUUGGAUGGAAUUGGCGCAAAUCAUCGGCCUUUAUAAACGUAUUACAAGGAAAAGGAUAUAUCGUAUUGAGUAUUCUUGAUAACACGGAUGAAAAAUGCUUGACAGUUUCAGAAUGGAAAUGUGAGGAUGAAGAAACAGAGAAAAUUCUUCUCAAAUCAGCUGCGGUUGAAGCACUUAAACAAAAUACGACCAAGCUACGAUUCGAUGCUCUGCCACAGUAUGUUAAUAAACAAUAUUUCAACGAACUUGGCGUGGUGACCAACGCAACACACGAUGAUUCAAUGAUUCGGAAUAUCAACUUAUCGACGGAAAAAUACAAUCAAUUAAAAGAAUUAUACACAUCGGGAAAAAGCAUUUGUUGGAGAUCAGACUGGUUUUAG